CAUUGGUUGCCGCUGGUAGAAACGAUUUUUGCUAAUAUACUUUGAUAAACAAUAGUGCCUUACGUGAACUGUUUUCGAACUACGCCAUCUGAUACCUUUUUUCCGUAUUUUUUCAACAUGCUACCAAACAUAUUCCACAACGGUCGACAACUCUCACGUAUUUUCCAAUGCACCUUACAAAUGUACAGACAAAGGUCCCUUACUACGGGAGUGAACGAAAUUCCCCUGUCCAAGGAUCAUUACAACAUCAAGCGAGGACCCUUCAGUGUCGCAACCGACGCGGAUAUUAAGCAUUUUGAAAGCAUUCUACCGGCGGGUAAUCAAAUUCUACUGGGGCUCGAAGAAACUGUCGGAUACAAUCGGGACUAUUUCAAAUAUGUCCGUGGAUUGGGAGCGAUCGUGCUAAAGCCUCGAACCAGUGAAGAAGUUUCCAAUAUCAUGCGCUAUUGCAACAACAAGCGGUUGGCUGUGUCCGUGUUCGGUGGUAACACCGGAGUCUGCGGUGGCUCGAUUCCAGUCUUCGAUGAGAUAAUCCUAUCGAUGGACUUGAUGAAUCGGGUCGAAUCGAUUGAUAAAUAUUCUGGCAUUUUGGUUUGCGAGUCUGGUUGUGUUCUGGGUAAACUAGAGGAGGAAUUGGCGAUGGAAGGUAUGAUGAUGCCACUAGAUUUGGGUGCGAAAAACUCCUGCCAGAUUGGAGGAAACGUUUCGACCAACGCAGGGGGCAUACGGUUGUUGAGAUACGGAAGCCUUCACGGGUCGGUUCUUGGAUUGGAGGUAGUACUGGCCGAUGGAACUAUAAUGGAUUUGAUGUCUAACGUCAAGAAGGACAACACUGGGUACCACCUAAAGCAUAUGUUUAUUGGAUCGGAAGGAACAUUGGGCGUAAUAACACGUGUAGCAAUAGCGUGUCCGACUGCAACGAAGACACAAAAUGUUCUGUUUCUAGGUUUGAGGGACUACUCUUCCGUACUGAGGACAUUCCUAGAAUGCAAGGCAUGUCUUGGGGAAAUACUUACUUCGUUUGAACUCAUCGAUCGAGAUGCAUUGGAAUGUUGUAUCGAACAUUUGAGAACAUCUAGUCCAAUUGGAAGUUAUCCGUUUUACGUCCUGAUUGAAACGACCGGUAGUUCUAAGCAGCAUGAUGCUGAGAAGAUUCGUGAUUAUCUAGAACAUGUGAUCGGUCAUGGGAUUGUCAGCGAUGGUGUUGUCACCAACGAGCCUUCGAAGAUCACAAAAUUAUGGCAGCUACGAGAGCGGAUACCGGAAGCAACUUACAGUAACAACUUCUGUUUAACCUUCGAUCUAUCCUUGCCGCUGAAGAAUUUCUAUGACAUAGUGCCCGCUAUGAAGGACCGUGUUGGCCACCUAGUCAAACUAGUAUGUGGAUUCGGCCACAUUGGUGAUUCCAACAUUCACUUGAAUAUAGCCGGCGAUGAGUUGACACCGGAGAUUGCAGAGCUUAUCGAUCCGUUUGUGUACGAAUUCACACGUAAACUCAGAGGAAGCAUAAGCGCGGAACACGGUAUCGGUUUGUUGAAGCCUAAAUACUUGAAAUAUUCGAAAUCAGCCGAGUCGAUCGAUUUGAUGAAACAACUGAAACUGGUUUUGGACAGGAAUGGCAUCUUGAACCCGUACAAAGUAUUAUGUUGAAUUUGGCACUUUCUUUCGUUCUGACAUUGAUAUGCAGUUAAGAGCUAUCAUUUAUUGUGUCUGAAAUGACUUUUAACAGUAUAUACACGAUAAACGUUCAUCGUAGAGUAUCACUUUGAAGACAAAAUUCAUCCAUCUCCAACGCGGAGUUGAUAAAUGCGUUUGUCAUCAUUCCUCUCCACUGCAGGUGUGUCUUUAAUGAUAAAUUGCGCGAAUGGAAUUAUUUUUCGAUCACAAGCUUAUCCGCCCGGAACAUGUGUCCAA